AUGGCGCUGUAUCAAUCUGCAGCCAUCUUGGUAAUACCAUGGGUCAACACUCUUCAAAUAGCCGUGUGCCUCGUAUUUCUGCUCUUCGUUCCGCUGCGGCUCGUCGCCCUUCGAGAUAAGCCAUCAGUCGUCAAGGCAGAUGCGGCCGGGGCAAUCAAACUGUUCGCUGCCACUCUCACCGCCGUUGUCCUCCUAGCGAACCUGGCCAUAAUAUUGCCCACAGGUACCGACGCAGUGGGCACUGUGUUGCACUAUAUCGCAGAUGUCUUCAAAUUCGUUUGCUCUGUUAUUAUUAUCUUUCUGUCGAGACGCGAACAUAAAUACUCACUACGACCCUCUGAUCUUCUUGUGCUGUACUUGCUGGCUUCGAUCUUGGUGGAUUCACUCAAUACGUCGCUCACAAUCAUACAUUCGAAAUCCGGCGACACUUUGACCCACCAGCCUAUCUGGCUCUUGCUUCUGAGCCAUCUCUGCAGACUUCUUAGUCUUGUGGCUGAGGUUCGCACGAAGGAACAGAUAUUGGCGACAGGUAAAUCCUCUUUUGCCCCGGAAGAAACCGCCGGUGUGCUUCAGCGCACCUUUUUCUGGUGGAUUAACCCGAUCCUGCGGCGCGGAUGGUCUAUAACUCUGCGGGAUGCGGAUUAUGAGGUGGCAGAUCGAGAGGUCUCCGCCGUCUAUCUAAGACAGCUGAUGAACAAAUGCUGGGAUGCCCGAGCAAAACCGGACACGAAAUUCACGCUGCCAUUGGUGCUACUACAAUGCGUUGGCAACUCGCUUGCCUGGUCUGCACCGAUCCGCCUGUUACUUAUCGUGCUGCAGUAUGGUAAACCUCUUGUUAUGAAGGAAACAAUGCAAUUUAUUGUUCGAGAUCGUCAUUCUGAUGAUGACUGGGGCGAUAUCGCAUGGAUAUUGGCUAUGGGCGUGCUGGUUUACUUCGGCGAGGCGAUCUGCAAUGCGAUCGAUAAGCGCCAGCGAGCACGGCUCAGAAUGAAGACCCGAGGGGCUCUCACGGGACUCGUCUACAGCAAGACUCUGCGAAGUCGGAGCGCUAAAACCGAUCGUGGGAAAGUCGUUACCCUCAUGAGUACCGACAUCGAUAGCUUAAACAACAUCGCGAACAUGGCUCAAGAUGUUUGGGCAUACUUGUUUCAACUCGUUGUCGGUAUGGCCAUUCUCACCGUUCAAAUCAAAUGGUUAUCGCCAGUGCCACUCAUUGUCAUCUUCUGUGAGCAUCCACACCUCUUGGGAAAAUAUAUGGAAAUUCUCUCUGAUGCUCAUUUAGUUUGUUCCCGUGUAAGUAAAUUUGUUGCUCAGAAUAUAUCUAGCCGCCAAAGAGCCUGGAACGAUUCAACCCAAGAGCGCCUUUCUGUGAUCAACGACGUUCUCGACUCAAUCAAGGCCGUCAAGAUGCUUGGAGUCUCCGGUUCGGUGAGGAAGUAUCUCGAUUCCCUUCGCUUGGCUGAAAUCGACAGUGCCAAAAACGUGCGGCGCAUGAUGGUCACGUACAAUGCCAGUGCCUUUACGACCGUUGCGGUUCUUUCGCUAGUCAUCAAUCCAGCGAACCUUCUCAUGACAAUAAUACCGCGCAUGUUUGCUUGCAUGGCUAGUUUCGAUAGACUACAAAGCUAUCUUCUGGAGCCCGACCGCCAUGACCAGCGAGACAUCGCGUCUGAGAAUGUCGAUUCUCUGAUGAAGUCCGAGACUUCAAUUCCCGACAUCAGUCUGCAAAACGUUACAGUGGAAUCGGAAAAAGGAACAAAGGCACCCCUUUCCAAAGCAACUUUGGACAUCUGGCCAUCUAGUAUUGUCAUUGGUACCGGAAAUACUGGAGCUGGUAAAACAGUGCUGGCCAAAGCUCUUCUUGGCGAGGUCGCCGUUUCAGAGGGUUCCAUACAAAUUCGGUCCAAGAGAAUUGGUUAUUGUGACCAAAUGCCAUGGCUGCCAAAUGGUUCCAUAAAAGACGUGGUCUGCAGCUUUGCGAAACACGUCGACGAGUCUCGGUAUCUCAAGGCAUGCAAGAUCUCAUGUUUGACGCAUGAUCUCGCACAGUUACCUCUUGGCGAUAAAACAGAGAUCGGCAGUGGUGCUUUGAAUCUCUCUGGAGGUCAAAAACAAAGAUUGGCUCUUGCUCGUAUGCUGUACGAGGAGUGCGACAUUGUGAUUCUUGACGACCCUCUCAGCUCGCUAGACGGGCACACCGAAGACCAAGUUGUCCGGAAUCUUUUUGGCAAGAACGGCUUCUUUCGCCGAAGCAAAGCUACUGUGCUUUGGAUCACAAAUGAUCAUAAGAUCAUUGUCCUUAAGAACUCGCGGGUGGUCGAGUAUGCUGACAGGCGCGAUCUAAAGCGUUCACCAGACGCGGUUGCAAAAAUGGUGUCGAGUCAGUCAGCAGCGCAGAAUUCUGCUGAGCAGGGGCAGCAGAACGCCAGCCUAAAGAGAAAUGCUAAGAAGCUUGAUGCCGAGCUAGAUAUCGUUCGAACUAUUGGAAAUCUCUCACUCUAUGGGCACUAUAUCAAAGCUUCGGGCGUAUUCAACUCUUUGUUCAUGAUUGGCUGCACCGCCACAUACUCGUUUUUUAACACUUUCCCUCAUUACUUUCUGAAACGCUGGACAGAAGCAGAUGCGGACCGCCAGAUAUUCAAUAUAUGUGCAUAUGGCUCGCUCGCCCUCUGCGCGUGGAUUGCGACCAAUGGUACCAUGUGUCAGGAUAUUCAGCUCGUUGAUCGAGAUCUGCCAGGUGCAUUCCAGGCAUUAAGCAACCAGACUUUCAAGUUAUUGGUGCAAAUCUCGUUGCUACUUGCUGUUCAAAAGUUUUUGAUCCUUAUUCUAUUAAUCUCAUUGGUUCUUGUAUACGUCAUCGCAAGACUCUACUUGAGAACUUCGCGCCAAGUUAGACUACAAGAGCUUGGCUCAAGAUCCGCAGUAUUCUCACAAAUCGUGGAGACAGUCAGCGGUCUUGUUACUAUUCGAGCUUUUGGAUGGCAAGCGAAUUGCCAGGCAAAUUUUGAUCGUGUAUUCAAUCGAUCUCAAGGGCCAUAUUACUUAUCAAUAUGCCUUGAACUAUGGCUUAGUCUUGUUCUUAACCUCGUCGUUGCCACUACUGCAUUACUUAUCAUCGCUAUGGCUCUCUUCUUCAGGGAUCAAACGAGCGGGGCAUCACUCGGUGUUGCUUUGAAUGUGAUUCUCGUUACAAGUGGCACAAUCAUACGCUUUGUGGAGUCUUGGGCUGAUUGGGAGAUCUCGCUCGGAGCUAUUGAGCGACUGAAGGCGCUUGAUAACGACAUUGCUGGUGAAGACCUGCCAAGCGAAAACCAGCUACCGAGCACUUCCUGGCCCGCGAGUGGUGAAGUCGUCGUCGAAAACUGCACUGCACUAUACAAGCUCAUCGAGAACACUGGCACGAUCAAGGUAGACGGGGUCGAUCUAAAGAACACGCCGCGGGCUAUAACGCGGAGCCAGUGUUUCAUCACCGUCCCCCAAGAUGUCAUGCUUCUAUCUGAUGCCUCUCUGCGCUUCAACCUUGAUCCGGGGCAAAAGGCCGACACUACAGAAAUUGUUCACGCGUUGAAAAAAACCGGUCUGUGGAGUCUUGUAUGUCCAUCCAACGAGAUGCAAGAUGAUCAAGUCCUUGCCCAAAAAGUUUCACAGCUUCCAAUUCUCUCAGCGGGCCAAACGCAGAUGAUUGGCCUUUCAAGAGCACUAGUGAAGAAGACAUUACUCGAGGAGUCUUGCAAGCCGGUUCUACUACUUGAUGAAGUCACCUCGUCGAUGGAUGCCUCAACGGAGUCACUCAUUUAUGACCUCGUACAUACCGAAUUUGCUGCAAUUGGACACACCGUUAUUAUCGUUGCCCAUAGACUCGGUGCCAUAUCGGGACGAAUGCGACCGAAUGAUAUUGUCAUCACUUUGAGUGACGGCAAGGUACAGAGUGUUGGUCCCUUCAAAGAUAUGGAAUUAGCCGACGGUGUGGAAUCGGAAGCUGCAAUCACAGACCAUACAGGUCCGAAUCAAUAG